AUGGAGCGCAGCAAUCAGGAACUCGAGUCCUUCCGGCAACAAUGGCUGGAAGAGGUUUCCGCCCGGGCGAGACGGCCUUCGCAACCGCCCAAACCAUCCGCUCCCAAUCGGUCAUCGGCUGAGCCGAGCCGCAAACGACCUCCACGGCACCAGGCCGCUGACCGUGAAGAAGAGCCCGAAUACCGAGAAGGUAGCAGCCCUUCUGGGCCGUCUGACUAUGAGGCAUUGACCGCGCAGACCCAGUCGCUCGCAAUUGCUCCGGCAGACGAUGAUGCCUUCGUUCUUGGAGCGCAGAAGGCUCCAAGCUCCGCACUGGAACACUUUGAAGAAGCGGCGGCGAAGGAGGCCCAGGGAAAGCUUGGUGAUAGCUUGAAUCUCUAUCGGAAAGCAUAUAAGCUCGAUUCGAGAGUAGAUCAAGCGUACCGAAAGAAGCACUUCCCGCCAGCAGCACAGGCACCGGGAAUUAACCCGUCAAAUGCCCCCGUUACCGUGCCAAAUACUGCCCAUCACUCACCUGGAGGACCAAUUCUUUCCACGCCCGAGCUCUUAGCUUCCUUCGCGCACUUUCCAGUCCCUGUUGCCGACCCCAUAAUCGAAGGCGCUCCGCCUCCUCCCUGCCCCAUCUCUACCACCCCAUCAGAGAUCCUUGGAGAGAUUCUCAAGCAAUUGGCAUUGCUGGACCCAGCUUCAUUCGCCCGUCUGGCUCUGGUUUGUAAGCGAUUUGCCUUCCUCGUUGCGCACGAACAGCCUGUCUGGCGCAGGCUCUGCCAGGGAUCAGAAUUCGGAUUUGGUUCAAUGCACUACAGUUUUGCAUGCGAUGUUGAAGGGCGGCGUGAAUACACGUUCCAGCCACGUUAUAACCCCUUUCCGUUAGGAUCUACCGCGCUGCAGAUCCCCAAGCCCUUGUCCACUUGGGCACAGGUAUUUCAGACGUUUCCCCGUAUUCGGUUUACGGGGAUUUAUAUCAGUACGGUCAACUACACUCGGCCUGGAGCAUACUCGUCCUUUCAUAAUACAUCAUGGGAUGCUCCCAUACAUAUUGUCACUUAUUACCGAUAUCUCCGCUUCUACCCAGACGGAUCCCUUAUCUCGCUACUCACAACCACCGAACCCGCCGAUGUGGUCCGGCAUAUCAGCAAAGAAAACCUCGAAACCCUCAAAGCACCUCCCUCUUCCUAUCGCCAUCAUCAGCAUCAGCACUCAGGCGCCGGUCCGACCGCUGCACCUUCGGCUAACCCAAUUCCCACCGUUGCGGCUUCAGCACUCAAGGGAGCCUUGAAAGGUCGAUGGCACCUCUCCCAUCCAAGCCCAGUAAAACCGGCAGAUGCUCCCGAUUCUACUGAACCUCCGACGCCGCCAGCCAGUAGACACAAAAACAAUACCAACUCGGACUCCAAACAUGACCCCCGUGACUUGUUCAUAGAGACUGAAGGCAUAGAUCCCAAAUACACCUUCACUAUGCAUCUCUCCCUCCGAUCCACCACAACAUCAUACCGUGGUUCUACAACGAAUACCUCCAAGAAUACAAAGUUGAUUUGGAAGGGAUUCUGGAGCUAUAAUCGACUAACCGAUGAUUGGGGAGAGUUUACGUUGCGCAACGAUAAAGCUUUUGUUUUCAGACGCGUUAGAGGAUGGGGCUUGAAUUAA